AUGGUACCAGAAUAUCAAGGUGAACCAGAAGAAAUUUCAAAAGAAAAAGCUAAAUUAGCUGCUCAACGUAUAAAUGGUCCAAUUUUAAUUGAAGAUACAUCAUUAUGUUUUAAUGCAUUACAUGGUCUUCCAGGACCAUAUAUAAAAUGGUUUUUAGAUAAAUUAGGAUAUGAUGGUUUAAAUAAAUUACUUAUUGGUUAUGAUGAUAAAACAGCAUAUGCACAAUGUGUAUUUGCGUUUUGUGCUGGACCAACAAGUGAACCAAUUAUAUUUGAUGGUCGAUGUUCAGGACGAAUUGUUCAAGCACGUGGACCAAAUAAAUUUGGUUGGGAUCCAGUAUUUCAACCAGAUAAUGAACAAGGACAACAAGGUCAUCAAACAUUUGCUGAAAUGGAUAAAACAGAAAAAAAUCGAAUUAGUCAUAGAAGUCGAUCACUUCAAUUAGUUAAAAAUUAUUUUGUAUAA